UGUUUUGGUCGUAAUCGCACUAUUUUCGUUCGAUUCGGUCUUAGCAGUGAUAGUAUUAAUUUAAUUUUUUUGAUUGUUGAUUAAAGUUAUAUAUUAAACUUAUUAGUGCAAAACACUUUAAGAUGGAUGAUAAUAGUGUAUUAAAAAUUAAAACAAUUCGCGAAGGCAGCGCCGAGAUAUUAACUGCGGAACACGUGUUUUACAAUCCGGUGCAGGAAUUCAACAGAGAUUUAAGCAUCUGUGUGUUAUCUACAUUCUCGAGUUUAUAUCAACAAGAGAAAAAGUUAACGUUGCAAAAGAACCGAAAGAAAGCUGAUUCACCUGUUGAAGAAACUGAACUUGUAACCGGUCAAAAAUGCGAAAAAGGACUGCGAAUUCUAGAAGCUCUUUCGGCUACAGGACUUCGAAGCAUUCGCUAUGCUAAUGAAGUUCCUGGAGUAAAGGAAAUCAUAGCUAAUGACUUGUCUAAAUCAGCUGUCGCAUCUAUAGAGCAGAAUAUAAAACAUAACAAACUAGAACACAUUGUAGUUCCUAGUUUCAACGAUGCAAUGACUUUGAUGUAUACAUCGACGCAUCCAGAUAAACAGUUUACGGCCAUUGAUCUGGAUCCAUACGGUCAUCCGACGCGUUUUUUGGAUGGAGCAGUCCAAUCAAUUGCGAAUGGUGGUAUACUGUUAAUAACUGCAACCGAUAUGGCAGUUCUAGCCGGUAAUUCAGCUGAGGCGUGUUACGUAAAGUAUGGUUCAGUGCCACUCAAAACAAAGGCAUGUCAUGAAAUGGCUCUGCGUAUACUGUUGAGGUGUAUUGAAACAACUGCUACCCGAUACGGUCGCUACAUGGUACCUCUAUUAAGCAUUUCCGCCGAUUUUUAUAUUCGAGUAUUCGUAAGAAUCUUCACCAGCCAAUAUGAGUGCAAGAAGAGCAGCAGUAAACAAUCAAUGGUGUUCCAGUGCACUGGUUGUGAGUCUUUUACUCUUCAACCGUUGGGUAUUCUCAAGCCUAAUCCGUCUGAGCAAAACCCAAAUCAAAUUAAAUUUUCAAUCCCUACUGGUCCAUUUGUUUCCACUCGUUGUAGCCAUUGCAACCAUCAGCAUCAUAUGGGAGGUCCUAUCUGGACCGGUCCAUUAUAUGAUGUGGACUUUCUUAAUCAGCUGCUUAAAACAGUGGAAAUGGAUUCAUUUAAAAAGCUUACCACAAUCCGAAGAAUUUACGGUACAUUAUCCGUAAUACGAGAGGAACUUCAUGAUGUUCCACUCUACUACACACUGGAUCGUCUCUGUGGUACACUCAAAUUAGAAGUGGUUUCUAUGAUGAAAUUUCGCUCUGCUUUGUUGCAUGCCGGAUAUCGGGUAUCAUAUUCGCAUGCCUGUAAAACUUCCAUCAAAACUGAUGCCCCGGUCGCAGUUAUAUGGGAUAUCUUGCGGUGCUGGGCUCGAACGCAUCCAGUGAAAAAGGAGCGUUUCCUAGAAGGCGUCCCACUGACAACUAUUUUGGCAAAGGAAUCUGCCGUUGAAUACAAUUUAAACGAUAUUCAUCCUGAUGCAAAUCCACCCAGUCGAAAGGAAUCAUUAAGCCGUUUCCCAGAAAAUCCAGCAGCGCACUGGGGACCUGGUACACGUGCUACACUGAUGGUCAACGACAACAAAAUGUUUAAAAGUACUAAAAAUCAAAACAAGCGACGUAAAGGUCAGGGUAGCGCCAAUCAUCGUCAAGUGUCGUCGGAAUCCAAUGAAAGAUUGGAAUCUCCCAUCAGAAAACAAUCAAAAACAGAAGAAGUAAACAAACCGAUAGAUGAGUAGAAAUAUGCCGGCCACAUUUAGGUACCUUCAGACGGGGUGACUUUGUACCGAGCUUCAUGUGCAUGUAUGCAUACCCAAUCGACAACUUUUGGAACUUUUGAUAUUUACAUUUGAAUACUUGAUAAAAAGAUGAUCAAGUUGAACUCAUUACUUCUAAUUGCCAUUGCACGAGUUUUGGUGCGAUGCCCCAGGUCAGGUGGCACAGUUUCAUCCCAUGUUACAGUAUAAAUACAACUUUGGUGUGCAUGUGCGCACUAGGUGACUGUAAAAAAUCGAUCAAACAUGCAUUGACUUUGAUGUCACGCGAUUUGGUUGAUCCUUCAGAUUUUUCGCA